AUGGAUCAAAGUGAAAAACGAAAGUUUGAGCAGCCGACACCAUACCCCGAAUAUGAUGUCGACAAUAUUGACAAACGACGGAGGGUAGUCGGACCAACGUUACCUUUAUCAAACCCAGCAGACGAUGACAGCAGUGAUGACGAUGACAUUGGUCCGAGUUUACCUCCUUCAGGUACUAUGGAAACCGAAGUAUUUAAUGCCAAUAUACAUAACAACACCUUGAAAGGGCUGUCGACUGAGCAAAGCCAUGCUUGCGAGGAUCGAAGUUAUCGAGACGAGUGGAUGCUACGGCCUCCAGAGUCAACUAGCAGGACUUCAAGCGUGGAUCCGACUAGAUUAAGAAGUCGAAAGUUUCAAAGUGCAAGAUCAGUACCGAGUUCCCAACCAGGAGGAAUAGAUUCAUCUUGGACGGAAACGCCAGAGGAAAAAAUGAAACGUUUACAAGAUAAAGUGAUGGGUGUUAGCACACCUGGUACACACAAUGAUCAAGUAACUCGGCCUGCCAGAGUAUCACAGGCCAUGCAGGAGAGAAUCCACAAGUACAACGAUGCGAAACGGAAAGCUAAUACAUCUGGAACUGUAUCACAACCUCUUGAGCAGUGUAAAAAUGGCAAUGAGGACGAUCCUAGCAGUCGCCCCUUUGAUAAGGAAAAGGAUAUGGCUAUCUCCUCUAAGUUAACCAAUUCCCAACGUCGGGAGAUGAUUAAUAAGGCCGCUGACUUUGGCUCUCGAUUCAGCAAGGGAAAUUAUCUAUAA